GGCCAAGGGCUCGUCAUCCUUUUGCACGGAGCUCCGGGAGUGGGAAAGACUUCAACAGCAGGUAUGUAUAAAGAGUGCGUCGCCGAGCAGUUCAACAAACCGCUGUUCCACAUCACAUGUGGAGAUCUCGGCGUGUCCGCUAGCGAUGUCGAAUCCGCACUUGAGAGAAGCUUUGCCCUGGCUAGCAGAUGGGACUGUAUCUUGCUGCUUGACGAAGCGGACGUUUUUCUGUCGGCUAGGAUCUUCCUUCGCGUCCUCGAAUAUUACUCGGGCUGCUUGUUCCUCACGACGAACCGAGUAGGCGACUUUGACGAGGCGCUUACUUCACGCAUCCACCUCAGCUUGUAUUAUCCGCCCCUGAAUCUGGUAUCCACACAACGUGUUGUCAGCCUGAAUUUACAGAGGAUCGAAAAGGGUCUGAAGCAAAAGAACAUCGAGUUGCACGCCGAUAUGGUAUCGAUUGGCGGUUUCAUUGCCAACUACUGGCGCGAACACCCUCGCGCCCGGUGGAACGGGCGGCAGAUUCGUAAUGCAUGCCGAACCGCUCUAGCUCUCGCCGAGUUCGAAGCCACCAAGAUGGGCUCGCCACAGCUGGCUGAACAAUCUUCCAGUUCCCCUCAAUUGGUAUCGCUCGAGGCCAGGCACUUCAAACAAGUGGCCGAUGCCUAUCUGGACUUCACCGAGUACCUGAAGGACAUCUACGGAGUUCAUGCGGACGAAAGGGCUAAAGAAAACUUUCUCCGAGCG